GUAUGGCUUGUAGCUAAUCUAUGGCGCUGAACUUGAAUUGUGUUUAUUUCCUUCUGUGUGAUUUUAUUUUCAAUAAAAUUUUAGACAUUAAUUUUGUGACAUUGUUUAUUAUAUAUGUAAAAAUAUAAACCUUCAAAUUCGCGUAGCAAGUUUUCUGUGGUAACUUCGUAUAAAAGACGUUUUAUACACAAUGUCCAUUGAGAUAGAAUCAGCCGAGUGAGUUUACUAUCAAUUGUUAUCAGACUGAUACAACAAUACUUGAAGGAGUCAAAUUUAACCAAAACAUUGCAGACUUUGCAGGAGGAAACUGGAGUGACUCUAAAUACAGUAGACAGCGUGGACGGUUUCUGCGCAGAUAUUAACAAUGGCCACUGGGACACAGUACUUAAAGCUACUGCUUCACUCAAGCUUCCUGACAAAAAGUUGAUGGAGUUAUAUGAGCAGGUUGUAUUGGAGUUGAUAGAACUGCGAGAAUUGGGUGCUGCGAGAUCCUUGCUACGUCAGACACAUCCUUGUCUGUUGAUGAAGCAGCAUGAAACAGAUCGGUAUAUGCAUCUUGAAAACCUGUUAGCACGUUCAUAUUUCGAUCCUCGUGAGGCAUACGGCAGUGGAGGAGGCAAGGAGCGGCGCCGCGCUGCCAUCGCAGCGUCCCUCGCCGGGGAGGUGUCCGUCGUACCGUCGUCCCGUCUGCUGGCACUACUGGGCCAGGCCCUCAAAUGGCAACAGCACCAGGGUCUGCUCCCUCCCGGCACCACUAUAGAUUUGUUCCGUGGUAAAGCCGCAAUAAGAGACCAAGAAGACGAUCUCUGCCCCACCCAACUGUCCAAGAUCAUCAAAUUCGGUCAGAAGUCCCACGUGGAGUGCGCGCGAUUUUCUCCUGAUGGACAAUAUUUAGUGACGGGCUCCGUAGAUGGCGUCGUUGAAGUUUGGAACUUUACAACAGGAAAAAUCCGUAAGGAUUUGCGUUAUCAGGCUCAUGAUGAGUACAUGUGCAUGGAAGAGGCGGUGCUGAGCCUGGCUUUUGCGAGGGAUAGCGACACAUUGGCUGCUGGGUCUAAUGAUGGAAAAAUUAAGGUCUGGAAAGUGUCAACGGGUAAAGUGCAACGCAAACUGGACCGAGCUCACUCUAAGGGCGUGACCUGCCUGCAGUUCACCCGAGACAACACUCAGAUCCUCUCGGCCUCCUUUGAUCGGACCAUAAGAAUCCACGGCCUAAAAUCUGGUAAAGUCUUGAAGGAGUUCCGAGGUCACACUUCGUUCGUGAACGAGGCGGUGUUCACGCUGGACGGGCACGCGGUGCUCAGCGGCUCGUCCGACGGGACCGUGAAGGUGUGGGCCGUCCGCUCGGGCGAGUGCACGGCCACGCUCAAGCCCCUCGGCAGCGGGGAGCCCCCGGUCAACACCCUACUCCUCACCCCGAAGAACCCGGACCAUUUCGUGGUGUGCAACCGGACGAAUACCGUGGCGAUAAUGAACAUGCAAGGGCAAAUCGUGAGGUCGUUCUCGAGCGGGAGGCGCGAGGAGGAGGGCGGCGCGCUGGUGUCGGCGGCGCUGAGUGCGCGCGGGAGGCUGGUGUACUGCGCCGGGGAGGACCUCGUGCUGUACGCCUUCUGCGCCAACACCGGCAAGCUGGAGAGGACCAUUAAUAUUCACGAGAAGGCGGUGAUCGGGCUGACGCAUCACCCGCACCAGAAUCUGCUGGCCACGUACAGCGAGGACGGCUUGCUUAAGCUGUGGAAACCAUAAUUGCAUACGCUUUAAAUUAUAAAUUAAUUAAAAAAAUAUAUGUGUACAAUUUGUGUCCUAAUAUACCUAAGUACCGACCGAACUCGUCCGCCAAACUACGCAAUAAAAAUAUUAGCCUUUUA